GACAGUGGCGGCUGCGUGCCGCGCGGCCCCGUCGCGUAGACAUGGCUCUGGCCGCCGUGCUUUUGGCCGCUCUGCUGACCGUCGCCAGUGCCGCGCAGCCGCCGCACAUCAUCCUGAUCGUGGCCGACGACCUGGGCUUUGACGACACCAGUCUGCGCGGCUCCGACCAGAUCCCCACACCGAACCUGGAUGCGCUGGCGUUCAGCGGCGCCGCGCUGGGCCGAUACUACGUGCACGCGCUGUGCACGCCGUCCCGAGCGGCGCUGCUGACGGGCCGCCUGCCGACGCACACCGGCCUCCAGACGGACGUCAUCUACGCGUCCGAGCCGUACGGGCUCGGACUGAACGAGACGCUACUGCCGCAGCUGCUGGAGCCGCUCGGAUACAGCUGCCACGCCGUGGGAAAGUGGCACCUGGGCUUCUACAGGCGGGCGUACACGCCGUCCCAGCGAGGCUUCAAAUCCCACCUGGGCUCCUGGGCCGGCCAUGGAGACUACUACGAUCACACUGCCAAGGAGGGUGAGUACUGGGGGUUGGACCUGCACAGUGACCUGGAGCCGGUCGGCGACCAACUGGGCCGCUACUCGACCGACAUCUUCACAGAGGAGGCUGAGCGGCUGAUCAGCGCCCACAACGCCUCCCGGCCGCUGUUCCUGUAUCUCGCCCACCAGGCGGUACACGCCGGGAACUCGUACGCGCCGCUGCAGCCCGGCCCGGCGAUCGGCGCUGACCAGUUCCCCUGGAUCACAGACCCCCAGCGGCGGGCGUUUGCUGCCGUGACGGCGGCGCUGGACGCCGCGGUGGGCCGGGUGGUGGCCGCGCUGGCCCGGGCCGACCUCCUCUCUAACUCGCUGAUUGUGGUGACUACCGACAACGGCGGCGCGGUGGACGGUGUGGACGGUAACGCCGCCUCCAACUGGCCCCUGCGCGGCGGUAAGUACACGCUCUGGGAGGGCGGCGUGCGCGGCUCGGCGCUGGUCUGGAGCCCCCGGCUGCCGCGCUGGAGCCGCCCCGUCCAGCGCACCGUUCACAUCACCGACUGGCUGCCCACACUACUGGAGGCUGCAGGAGGGGCGCCGGACCGCCUCCCCGCCCUGGACGGCGUCAGCCAGUGGGGCGUGCUCACCGGCGCCGCGCCCGACCAGGACACCGACAGGACCAUCCUACACAACAUCGACCCCAGCAACAACUACUCCGCUCUGAUGGUGGACGCGCGGUACAAACUGGUGCAGGGGGAACCGUUCCCGUACAACGGCUGGUACUCGGCCGGCGCACGGAACAGCUCCGGUCUCGAUCUGUUCGCUCUGUUGUCUGAGAGCCCCGCCGGGCAGGCGGUGAGCCAGCUCGGCCGUCCCGUCGACCGGGCGGUGGCCGACUCCCUGCGCCGGCAGCUGGCGGUAAAGUGUGACACGGAGCGGCCAGCCGCGGCCCACUGCGGGAACGGCUGCGUGUUUGACGUGGUCGCCGACCCGUGCGAGACGACAGACCUCUCCGACACACAGCCCCUGCUGCGGCGCCAGCUGGAGGAGCGGCUCGACCAGCUGCGAGCCUCCAUGGUGCCCUCUCGGAAGGUGCCGGCUGACCCGCGGGCCGACCCGAAGCUCUGGAACUACACCUGGACGUACUGGGCUGACCUGCUGCCGGACGACUCCCCCCAGCCGCCCUGAGCCUGCGCCCCGGAGGGUCCACUGCUCUGACCGUGCUUGGCAGGCAGCCAGGUCACCAGAUGCGGUAUCCGAACUGCAGGGCCGGACGCCUCAAUAACUGCAUCCAUAAAAGCGUUUUGUGAUACCUUUUAUGCGUAUCUAUCACGCAAAUGUAUCGUUCGUGAUCUCGGGAUUAAAAAAAACUGCAGCUA